AUGCUAUGGAUAGUCAAUUUGGCUCACCCAUACUUGCUAUACCCUGAUGCAUCUCUAUCGGUAGGGUUUGUGGUGACAAGUGUUUUAUAUGUUAUACUUUGCUUCGUUUUACUGGGGAUCACUGCCUCAGAAUACCUUUGUCCCAAUGUCGCCAAGAUAGCAGACUUUAAUGAUCAUGGUACGGGGACGUUGAUGGCAGUACUGCUUGCGUGGUGCAAUUCUUCGCCGGAUCUCUUCUCGAACUUUAUGAGUUGGACUUCGACCAUUACUUCAAAUGGUGCAGCUCUGUCAAUAGGUGAAGUGUUGGGCGCCUGUGGAAUCAUUCUCUGCAUAGUCGAGGGCUCUAUAUUUAUGAUUAUGUCCUCAACAGCUCUCGACAUCUCCUAUAGCCAGAAGGUUAAUGUGUUAAGAGAUUUGGCAUUUACCCUUGUGGCUAUGCUAUUCAUGUGGUAUGUCUGUAUUUUUAAUAGAGUUACAGCCAUUGAUUGUGUGCUAAUGAUUGCUGUCUACAUCUCGUACCUAGCGGUAAAAUUCAUUUGGAGGCCUGGUGGGACCCAGGAGGAUGAGGAAUACAAUCAGAAUGAGGCAUUCCCACGAGAGUCUUUAGAAGGAGCUACUUUAUCUCAUAGAAUUAAACCAAGUUUGAUAUCAGCCAUGGAUUUUAAUAACUUACUAUCGAUGUUAGAGAAUUCAAGAGGUGAUGAUCUUCAAACUUUUCAAGAAGAGUUAGUGACAAUGAAUGACGAACCCUUUACAUUUCAACAACAGAUUCGACCUUUCACUGAACCUGCGAAGAAAUCAAAUUUCAGUGAAACACACCCUGUGCCUCAAACUUCACCAGCGGCCUUUGCACCGUAUCAUGACAAUCCUGAUGAACCAUCUUUCGAACCAGAAGUACUACUCAUGCAGCCCUCACGAACCAUACACAGCGGUAAGAUAAAGAAGAUAAAGAGAGGUCUCGUCCAACUAUUUGUACCACAUCUUUUGAAUUUUCGCCAGAAAUCCACAAUCGAUGCAAUAUUAUCGGUAGCGACUGUUCCUUUUGUCAUAUUUUUACGGCUGUCAUGUCCACAAUCGACAAAUAUAUUGGAGUUUGAUGAGACACUGGGUAAAUAUACAGUCUCAAACACCGACGUCAUGCUGCUCUUUACUCAAGCGUUAAUUUGCCCACUUAUACCGUUUGCAAUAUUGUCCUGCCUCCUAGUGCAGAACAUAGCGUGGAUUUUCUGGAUGUUAGCAGUCUUCCUGUCGGCGACUUUGUUGUGCUUAAGUUUGGCAUUUUACAGAACACUUCUUUCCUAUAACAGGUUUUCUCUACUCGAGCCAUCUCUGGAUACCGAAUCUUACGAGCUCACAGACGAGAGGAGGGCGCUUGAGAAAAUAGGAAACAUCCUGAUCAUAAUUUACCUUCUAAUCGGGAUAGUUAACGCUAUACUCUGCAUAUCAUUGAUCGCCAACUCUUUAAUCGAAAUGUUGGAGAUAUACCAAAAAAUAACAAAGGCGUCCCAGGCCAUACUUGGGUUGACAGUAUUUGCAUUGGGAAAUUCGGUAAGCGAUUUGAUCUCGAACAUAGCGAUGUGCAAGCUUUACCGAAAGAUGCCCAGUAACGAACAAGACGUGCGUAAGAUGGCUACAAAGUUCUUUAUGAUUUCGUGCACUUCCUGCAUCGGCGGAGUUCUAUUGAACUCAAUGGGCGGAAUCGGCCUUAGCGGUCUUAUCUCUAUGAUUUUUGUCCACAAAAGCUCAAACAAUUGGGCAAUUCUUCGAUCAGUCAAACUUCAUGACAGUGAUGAUUCGCAUGACUACAAAUUUACUAUAUCAUGCAUUGCAAUCAUUGUCCAAAUCUUGCUGCUGGCGAUAUUCUUCGGUUCCCCACAAGUAAUACAUAACUGGUGUAAAAGCAGAAUGAAGGGAAUUGGACUAGCGAUGUGCAUCAUUUGGGGAAUUGCAACAAUAUUUAAUGUUUCAUCAGAAGUAUUUUUUUAA